CAAUAUUUAUAUAAAAGAAGAUGGAUGAAUAUGAUACAUAAUAGAAAAGUAUAUUAGUUACGACAUAACAAACAUAAUUUUCCUCAAAUUUUUAAGUACAACUGUACGGGUAGUGUGAGCAUAACCAAUAUGUCAGACGUUAAAAGUCUAGAAUACGCAACAUUAAAGGUUCCUUAUGAACUUCUUAAUAAAAAGUUUCGUUUAGCUCAAAAAGUCAUAGAUAGAGAAGCUUCAUAUGUACAAGCAGCAGUUAAUGAAUUAAUGAAGGAUAAUAAAAAUUCUGUUCCUGCUAAAGAACAUGCUAGUACCGCACCAAGUGUUGUAAAUCAGUGGCGAAGACAAAGGCUUGAUAGAAUGUUAAUAGAAUAUUUUCUUCGUAAAGGUUAUUAUAAAACUGCAACUAAAUUAGCAGACAGCAGUGAGCUUAGAGAUUUAACAAAUAUAGAUGUUUUUAUGGUUUCAAGAGAGGUUGAAAUGUCCUUAGCAAAUCAUGAAACUGCAAGGUGUUUUGGUUGGUGCUAUGACAAUCGAUCUAAGUUAAGGAAAUUAGGAAGUACUAUGGAAUUUAAUUUACGUGUACAAGAGUUUAUGGAAUUAGUAAAACAAGAUAGAAGACUUGAUGCUGUCAAACAUGCUAGAAGAUGUUUUACAAAUUAUGAUGAUUAUCAGUUACAAGAAAUUCAGUGUUGCAUGGGACAAUUAGCAUUUCCAGCUAAUACAUCUCUCAGUCCAUAUAAAGAUUUAUUAGAUGAAAAAAGGUGGGAUAGAUUAAUUGAGCAGUUUAGACAUGAAAAUUAUAGACUUUUCCAGUUGGCAAGUCAAAGUGUUUUUACAGUAACAUUACAAGCAGGUUUAUCAGCAUUAAAAACACCCCAGUGUUAUAGUGCAAAUAAGGAAGGCAGAAAUCCAAAUUGUCCUGUGUGUAAUGAAGCUUUUAAUGAAUUAGCUAUUCCAUUGCCUUUUGCUCAUUGCUCACAGUCUAGACUUGUUUGUAGUAUUAGUGGAAAACCAUUAAAUGAGUAUAAUCAUCCAAUGAUGUUGCCAAAUGGAUAUGUAUAUGGAGAGCAAGCACUAAAAAAAAUGGCUCAAGAAAACAAUGAUACUGUAAUUUGUCCAAAAACCAAAGAAGUGUUUCCGUACAAAAAAAUUGAAAAAGUGUACGUUAUGUAAAAUUUGCGGACGCAGACACAACUUGUACUAUACACAGUGCAUCUUUCAUAUUCUAACUCGGAAUAUUUACUGUUUAAUAUUGUAUACCGAUAAUAAC